AACAUCCACACCACUGAUGGUGACGUUUCCGAGUGCGACAGGAGAUACUGAUGGACUAUUGAAAAUUCCUAUAGAAAUAUAUAAAGAUAAACUUCCUAGAAAUUUUUAGUUUUCUCUGGCAGUGCUCGAAUAUGUGGUUAUCGUUUUCUUACGUGUGCAAGUUAUGAUAGUUUUCGCUUGAAAUUUACAUCGAACAUUGAAUAAUAACAUCACGUCAUGGGUGUACCAUCGUUUGUGGCUUGCGCAUUAUUGCUUUUGACGCCUAUUAGAGCGUUUUAUUUACCCGGUUUGGCUCCAGUGAAUUACUGCAAAGCCGGCGACGACAAUGGGAAAUCCUGCAAGAAUGAGAUUCCGCUGUUCGUAAACAGGCUCAACACAGAAGAGUCUGUGAUACCAUUUGAGUACCAUCACUUUGAUUUUUGUACCACUGACGAGAGUGACUCCCCGGUGGAGAACCUUGGGCAAGUGGUGUUCGGUGAGAGAAUACGACCGAGUCCGUACAAGUUGAACUUCUUAGAGAAUGUGAACUGUAAACAAGUGUGUAAGAAAGAGUAUAAAGCACAGGACCCCGAUGCUCAUAAGAAGCUGAACCUGCUCAAGAUGGGCAUGGCACUGUACUAUCAGCACCACUGGAUCCUGGACAACAUGCCGGUGACGUGGUGCUACCUGGUAAAUGAGGGUGGCAAGACUUACUGCAGCACAGGCUUCCCUAUGGGCUGCCAAGUGAGGAGGGAUUUGGACACAUGCAUGCCGAUAGUGACGACAGCCCCAGGGCAAGUGGGUACAUACUACCUGUUCAACCACGUGGACCUGGAGAUCACAUACCACAGCGGCGGCGAAGAGGAGUGGGGCGUCGGCUUCGGAGACAACGGCGGGCGCAUCAUCUCGGCUAAGGUGAAGCCAGCGAGCAUCGCUCACGCGAACUCAGACCACUUGGACUGCAGCGUGCGGACUCCGUUCGAGAUCCCGAGCACACUAAGCUAUGAUGAAUCAUUCAACAUCAUAUACACAUACAGUGUCACCUUUAUAAAGAACAACACCAUCAAAUGGUCCUCGCGAUGGGACUAUAUCCUCGAAUCCAUGCCGCAGACCAACAUCCAGUGGUUUUCCAUCCUAAACUCAUUGGUGAUCGUCCUGUUCUUGAGUGGAAUGGUCGCUAUGAUCCUGCUGAGGACGUUGCACAAGGAUAUUGCUCGGUACAAUCAGAUGGAGAGCGGGGAAGACGCUCAGGAGGAGUUUGGUUGGAAGCUGGUGCAUGGGGACGUGUUCCGCCCGCCGCGACGUGGCAUGCUGCUCGCUGUCUUCCUCGGCUCCGGUUCACAGGUGUUCGGCAUGACGUUGGUGACCCUAGCGUUCGCGUGCCUGGGCUUCCUCUCGCCUGCUAACCGCGGCGCGCUCAUGACGUGUGCGCUGGUCGCGUGGGUGCUGCUAGGGGCUGUGGCGGGCUAUGUCAGCGCGCGCAUCUACAAGAGCUUCGGCGGACGGCGAUGGAAGAGCAACAUCCUGCUCACUUCCAUGGUCUGCCCGGGGGUGGUAUUCUCUCUGUUCUUCAUAAUGAACCUGGUGCUGUGGGGUAAGGGCUCGUCGGCGGCGGUGCCAUUCUCAACCCUGGUGGCGCUGCUGGCGCUCUGGUUCGGAGUAUCUGUACCACUCACCUUCAUCGGCGCUUACUUCGGAUUCAGGAAGCGCAUCUUGGAGCACCCCGUGCGUACAAACCAGAUCCCGCGCCAGAUCCCGGAGCAGACCCUGUACACGCAGCCGCUACCGGGCAUCGUGAUGGGCGGCGUGCUGCCCUUCGGAUGCAUCUUCAUACAACUGUUCUUCAUACUCAACUCGCUCUGGUCUAGCCAGAUGUACUACAUGUUCGGUUUCCUGUUCCUGGUGUUCGUGAUCUUAGUGAUCACGUGUUCGGAGACGACCAUCCUGCUGUGCUACUUCCACCUGUGCGCCGAGGACUACCACUGGUGGUGGCGCGCCUUCCUCAGCUCGGGCUCCACCGCCGGCUACCUGUUCAUCUACUGCUGCCACUACUUCGUCACUAAACUCAACAUCGAAGACGCGGCCUCCACCUUCCUCUACUUCGGAUACACCGUCAUUAUGGUUUUCCUCUUCUUCCUCCUCACUGGCACCAUCGGCUUCAUGGCAUGCUUCUGGUUCGUCAGGAAGAUCUACAGUGUCGUCAAGGUCGAUUAAACUGCCAGCAUCCAGUGUGAUGUGCUGUGAACGUUUUACUUACUAAUUGCUGCGAAAUUAUAUGGCCAGUUGAUGGAAUUGUGUGAUUUUAUUGCUAGGUAUAGUUCUUGUUGGUUGUUAAUGGCGUCGGGUCUGGCGUGCACCGACUAUUUUAACUUAAUUUUACAAUUCUAAAACUAGCUCUGUCUUUUUCUUGCACUUAUUGUAAUUGAAGGACGGCACUAGUCUAAAGAGCUGUCAAAUUAAAAUAAAAUUAAAUCAGCCGCCGGUGUCCGCCAGAUUAGGGACCAUUAACGUCCGUUAGAGGCUGUAAAUGUUUAAAUCUGUCCGUUUUCGUUGCCCAAAGUCCUCAUAUCAUAUGCACUAUCACAAUGGACGGCCCUGGUCGACGCGGAGGGUGUGAAGCGCACCAGUCCGUUAAGUGUUGCGAUUGGAAGUGAGACUGCUGUACACUAUGUGAUUAUUGUAUAAAAGUUUAUAUGGGAAGUAAAUUAUAGUCACGCCCUGUUAGUUGUCCAUGUCUAAUUUUAGUCGAUAUUCUCUAUGUUAUUUCAGCUGCGGAGGGAUGACCGAUUUGACUCGACAUUUGAUUCGAAUCGGUAAGAAUAACUUUAGCGCCUGCCAUAAUUUUGACCUGAUAGAUUUUUUCUAUCCAUGCCAUACGUUGAGCGCGUGGCUGGCGAUAUACGGAACGUUGCUGUUAUCUAAAAGAAAAUAUACAGAUGGGGUAGGUACAUACUUGUACAACGAAGUUAUACCCUACUUAACGUAGUACAAUUAGAAUGACAGCAGGAUAGAGAUAUAGUACAUCGACUAGUGCGAAAAGGACGAGAGAUGUCUCUUUCGCACUAAAAGUAUACAGCUUAGUAUGAGACGGCAGAUACGUCACUCUAAUUACGCUACGUUAUAUAUAUGGUAUUAAGUAUAACUGAAACUAGGUAUUGAGACAUAGACUAUGAUAGAUGUAGAGUAAGCAUACGUCAAAUCGCUUAUCUAUCGGUAGCUGUGUUAGUCGUUAGUUGUAAAUAAGUAUCGAUGAAAAAAGGAUUUAAUCGAAUUAUUUAUUUUAUUCACCGUCAAGUAUACCUGCACCAUGACUAUGAAUCUGUUGGUAGAAUGUUUGGCUGAACUCUGAAAAUAGUACUUAAAUAUCCGAGAAUAAACGUCGAUCUGAUUAUGACGUAAAAUUUUAAUCGAAAUGCAAUACCUAAUUCCUUAUAGCUAGUAUCCUAGUUUUACAUGUUUAGUUGAAAGAUUUUUCGCAAGCAAUCGCUCAAAUUCCAAAAUCUAAAAAUGAAGUUAACAGUGUAACACCUAAGCUGAAAGUAGAUAUAAUUAAAAUUAAGUCUAUAGGGGUGACUAUUGUCACAAUUUUUCUUUUAUUAUCGUGUGCGCAUACGCAAGGUUAGUUUAAUUUGAACUAAUUUUAUGAUGUUCUAAAUAUGCUUAGUUUAAACCGGAUCAGUUGGAUGUAAACAAUAAAUUGACUAUUUUAAA